AUGACUUAUGUAAGGGAUUAUGGACUCGUAACUAAAGAACAGCUUCCUUACAUGUUUGCUGAUGACCAACCAUGCAACACCGAUUUCGAAUUGUUACCUUCCCCUGAUAUGAAGAUAUCUGGUUAUCAAAUGGUGCCGGAGUUUGAUGAAGUUGCUCUGGCCAAGGCUGUUUACCAUCAACCAGUUGUAGACAAGCGUUCCACAAGCAACAGAAUUCACACACACAAAAACGGCAUUUUUAUGGAUGCAGAUGGAGUGUGUGCAAAAGGUAACGUCAGUCACAGUAGUACACUCGUUGGCUUCGGUACAAAUCCAUUUGGUGAAGACUAUUGGAUUCAGAAGAAUUCAUGGGGCACCUGUUGGGGUGAACUAUGA